GUGGGCGCCGGCGCCGGCGCAUGCGCGCUGAGGGCGCUGUGGGCGCGGGUGCGGGACAGCUGGCGCCGGCAGCUGCCCAGGGGCUGGAGGCGGCGGCCGCGGCGGCCCGGAGCGCGCCACGCCGCAGGGAGCCGCAGCUGCCGCCGCCCCCGCCAGGAGGAAAGCCCCGCCCCGCCGGCGCUCCCUUCCUCGCUUUUGGAAAUGGCGGGUGAAAUCACGGAGACCGGGGAGCUCUAUUCCCCCUACGUUGGACUGGUGUACAUGUUUAACCUCAUCGUGGGCACCGGCGCGCUCACCAUGCCCAAGGCCUUUGCCUCGGCCGGGUGGCUCGUCAGCCUGGUCCUGCUCGUGUUCCUGGGCUUCAUGAGCUUCGUGACGACGACCUUCGUGGUGGAGGCCAUGGCCGCAGCCAACGCGCAGCUCCGCUGGAAGAGGAUGGAGAACCACCAGGAAGAAGAUGACGACCACUCCUCCACGGCCUCUGACAGCGACAGCCUCCAGGACAACUACGAGCGGGCGGAGCGGCGGCCCAUCCUCUCUGUGCAGAGACAUGGAUCUCCAAACCUGUUUGAAAUCACAGACCGGGUGGAAAUGGGACAGAUGGCCUCCAUGUUCUUCAGUAAAGUGGGGGUCAACCUGUUCUACAUCUGCAUCAUCGUUUACCUGUACGGGGACCUGGCCAUCUACGCCGCCGCCGUGCCCUUCUCCCUCAUGCAGGUGUCCUGCAGCACCACUGGCAACGACUCCUGCGGGGUGGAGGCCGACACCAGGUACAACGACACGGCCCCCUGCUGGGGGCGCCUGCGCCGCGUGGACGUCUACCGCAUCUACCUGGCUGUCUUCACUCUCCUCCUGGGACCCUUCACCUUCUUUGACGUCCAGAAGACCAAGUACCUACAGAUCCUGACCUCCCUGAUGCGCUGGGUUGCUUUCACCAUCAUGAUCGUGCUGGCCCUGGUCCGCAUCGGGCGCGGGCACGGGGAGGGGCGCCCGCCGCUGGCCGACCUCUCGGGCGUCCGGAACCUGUUCGGGGUGUGCGUGUACUCCUUCAUGUGCCAGCACUCGCUGCCGUCCCUCCUCACGCCCGUCUCCUCCAAGCGCCACCUCACGCGCCUCGUGCUCCUGGACUACGUGCUCAUCCUGGCCUUCUACAGCCUGCUCUCCUUCACCGCCAUCUUCUGCUUCCGCGGCGACAGCCUGCUGGACAUGUACACCCUCAACUUCGCGCGCUGCGACGUGGUGAGCGUGGCCGCCGUGCGCUUCUUCCUGGGCCUCUUCCCCGUCUUCACCAUCAGCACCAACUUCCCCAUCAUCGCCGUGACGCUGCGCAACAACUGGAAGACGCUCUUCCACCGCGAGGGCGGCACCUACCCCUGGGUGGUGGACCGCGUGGCCUUCCCCACCCUCACCCUGGUGCCCCCGGUGCUGGUGGCCUUCUGCACCCACGACCUGGAGUCCCUGGUGGGCAUCACGGGUGCCUACGCGGGCACGGGCAUCCAGUACGUGAUCCCCGCCUGCCUGGUGUACCUCUGCCGCAAGGACGCCCAGCUGGCCCUGGGCCCGCGCGCCGCCAACCGGCACCGGUCCCCGUUCCACCACGCCUUCUGGGUGGGCUUCGUGCUGCUCUGGGCCUUCUCCUGCUUCCUCUUCGUCACCGCCAACAUCGUCCUCAGCGAGACCAAGGCCUGAGGGCAGGCGUCUGCCGACGGGAGGGUCGGGGGCCUCGUCCCCCAGCCUGCAGAGGCCGCGUCUGGGUGCCUCCCGGGCCUCCACGGGGCACAGGCGGCCAGGCUCCGGGCGGGGACCCUGCACAGUAGCUGGGAUCUUGUCCCCACCCAGCCUGCACCUCGCCGCACAAGGCUCUCCCAGACUCCAGGGC